AUGGCGUCUUCUUCUUCUUCUGAUUGGGAGUUUGACGUGUUUCUUAGUUUUAGAGGAACGGAUACUCGCAAUACUUUUACUGGUCAUCUCAAUACAGCCUUAAAGAGUAAAGGAAUUAGGACCUUUAUCGAUGAUAAGGAGCUCAGAAGAGGGGAGGACAUUUCUUCAACACUUUUUACAACAAUAGAAAAAUCAAGGUGCUCAACAGUUGUUCUGUCAGAAUGUUAUGCAACUUCCAAAUGGUGCUUAGAGGAACUGGUAAAGAUGUUGGAGUGCAAGACAACCAUAAAACAGAGGGUUGUGCCCAUUUUCUACCAUGUGGACCCGUCGGAUGUUCGGGGACAGGGCGGAAGUUUCGGACAAGCCUUGGAUGCACACAAAAAGAAUUUGAAAAUCGAGGAGAAGCAGUUGCAGAGGUGGUCGGCGGCUCUCACUGAGGUUGGCAAUUUAUCCGGCUGGGACUUGGGAAAUAAGUCUGAGGCUCAGCUCAUUCUGGAUAUUGUCGCAGAUAUUUCAAAAUAUUUAAAUUGUGCAUCCUCAAAUAAUGCUCAGAACCUAGUGGGAGUUGACUCUUGCAUAAAGGAAUCGGAAUCAGUCUUGUGUUUUGAGUCAACUGAUGUUCGGAUGAUUGGAAUUUGCGGUAUGAGUGGCAUAGGCAAGACUGCCCUUGCCAGAAGUAUUUAUGAACGGUUUUCGGACAAAUUUGAAGGUUGUUGUUUUCUUACUAAUGUAGGAAAUGUGGAAAGAGAAGGAACUGACUAUUGGAAAAAGGACCUUCUUUCAAGUGUAUUGAAGGACAAUGAUAUAGAUGUGACAAUCACUUCGAUAAAGACAAGACUUGGCUCUAAAAAAGUUCUUAUUGUUGUUGAUAAUGUGAGCCACCAAUUGACAAUGAAAACGUUAAUUGGAAAACAUGAUUGGUUUGGUCCUCAAAGUAGGAUCAUUAUAACAACUAGGAAUAAAAGGUUUCUAAGUGGAAUGGAUGCAAUGUAUGAAGUCCAGAAAUUGCAGGAUGAUAAAGUGGUUGAGCUCUUUAAUCAUUGUGCCUUUAGAAAGGACCAUCCAGCAGAAAGUUUUGAGAGGUUCUCUCUCCGUUUUAUAGCGUAUGCUCAAGGUCUUCCAUUAGCUCUUGAGGUUUUAGGUUCUUCUUUAUAUAAAAAGGACCAAGACUACUGGAAAAGUAAAUUGGAUGAGCUAGAAAAAACCCUUGACAAGGAAAUUCAGGGAGUACUUCAAAAAAGUUUUGAUGAGUUAAAUGAUAAUGAGAAGGAUAUAUUUCUAGAUAUUGCAUGCUUCUUCAAAUGCAGCAACAAAGAUCAUAUAAUGAAAAUACUUGAGAGUUGCAACUUGUUUCCUGGGAGUGGAAUAGAAAAUCUCAUUGAUAGAUUUCUCAUAACAUUUUCUUGUGAGAAGUUGGAGAUGCAUGAUUUAUUACAAAAAAUGGGAUGGAAAAUUGUUACUCAGACUUCGAAAGAGCCUGGGAAACGUGGCAGAUUGUGGAUGCAGGAUCAUAUAUGUCAUGUAUUGGAAAAAAAUACGGGAACCAAAGAAGUUAAAGGCAUAUUCCUCAACUUGUUUGGUUUGAAGGAAAUACACUUUACCACUGAAGCCUUUGCAAGGAUGAACAGGCUUAGAUUACUAAAAGUCUAUGAGUCUAACCUUUCAGAUGACUCUGACUCCGAAAGUACCUCAAGGAAGAGGAAAUGUAAAAUGCGCUUUUCUGAUGACUUUGAAUUUCAUUCCGAUGAGUUGAGGUAUUUAUAUUGGCAUGAAUAUCCUCUGCAAACAUUGCCAUCUCAUUUUAAGCCCAAGAAUCUUGUCUGCCUCUGCAUGCCUUACAGCCAGAUUACUGAGCUCUGGAAAGGAAGUCAGGUUUGUGAAAAUUUAAAAUUUUUGGAUCUCAGUAACUCCAAAUUCCUAAUGGAAACUCCAGAUUUCUCAAGGAUCACCAAUCUUGAAGCGCUGGUUCUGGACGGUUGUACUAAUUUAUGUCACCUUCACUCGUCCCUCGGACGCCUGAGGAAACUCGCUUUCUUGAGUGUGAGCAACUGCAUAAAACUUAGGGAUUUUCCAGCCAUCUAUGAGUUGGUAUCCGUUCAAACUCUGGAUCUAUCUGGUUGCUCAAAUCUACAGAAAUUUCCAGAUAUCUCACAGCAUAUGCCAUGCUUAUCCAAGUUGUAUUUAGAUGGGACUGCUAUAACAGAAAUCCCAGCCUCAAUAGCCUAUGCCAGUGAGCUCGUUCUAUUGGAUUUAACAAACUGCAAAGAGCUCAAGUUUCUUCCAAGUAGCAUUGCUAAAUUGACACUUCUUCGUAUCCUUACGCUGUCUGGCUGCUCAAAACUUGGAAAGUUUCAACAGAACUCAGGGAACUUGGACCGCCUAGUUGAGCUCAAAGCAGAUGGAUCUACUAUAAGGCAACCGCCUUCCUCUAGAGCUGUCUUGAGAAAUCAUAAAGCAUCUGCUUAAUCCUUGCCAAGAACUUCAGAGUCCAUCAGUUUCUUGUUGUCUAAUUUAAAUUUAGUUCGACUAAAUUUAAGUGACUGCAAUAUAAAGAGUGGAAAGCGCCUUAGUCAUCUUGGCAUCCUAUCUUCACUCAAGUCUCUGAACUUAAGUGAAACCGCUUCAUUCAUCUACCUUGUAUCUUCAAAGGACUUUCUAAUCUGUCCAGGCUUGACUUGCACGAUUGCAGGAGGCUUCAGACAUUGCCCUUGCUUCCACCAAGUGUACGAAUUCUAAAUGCAAGUAAUUGCACGUCCCUGGAAUCAAUCCUCCCUAAAUCAGUUUUCAUGUCUUUUAGAGGCUGUCUAUUUGGUAAUUGCCUCCGACUCAUGAAGUACCCAAGUACAAUGGAGCCUCAUAUACGAAGUGUGGCAACCCAUGUUGAUCAGGAAAGAUGGAGUUCCACUUAUGAUGAAGUAAGUUCUCUUUUGCUUCAUAUCAUGAUUUCGA